AUGCCCCUCACCAGCGAGUCCCUCCACUCGGCGCAAGCAAGCGAAUUCGCAAAGUUCGCCAGCCGACGGAGUGUAGUUCACAGCACAAAGGGAAUCGUAUCUUGCACGCAGCCGCUGGCCGCAAAAUGUGGUAUCGAGAUCCUUCAGGCCGGCGGUAACGCCGCUGACGCCGCCGUUGCAGUUGCUGCCGGACUGAACAUGACAGAGCCAUGCUCCACGGGCAUCGGCGGCGACAUGUUCAUCCUCUUCUACGAUGCCGCCACCAAGAAGGUCUCGGCCAUGAACGGCUCCGGUCGCUCGGCUCAGAAGUCGACGCUCGAGACCAUCCGCAAGGACCUCGGAAUCAAGGAGGGCGCAUCGGGCAAGAUCCCCAUGAAGAGCGUCCAUGCCGUGACCGUUCCUGGUGCCGCCUCGGGCUGGGUCGACACUAUUGAGCGCUUCGGCAGCGGCAAGGUUUCCCUCGAGCGGGUGCUGUCCCCAGCUAUUGAGCUCGGAGAGAAGGGCUUCCCCGUCUCAGAGCUGACGAGUCACUACUGGAACACAGCAGAGCCUCAGAUCAGAGAGGCCUCUCCUAACUUUGCAGAAAUGCUGAAGAAGGACCCCAAGGCGUCAGACGGCGUGAGAGCGCCCAACCCCGGCGAGAUCAUGAAGAACCCCACCUUGGCGCAGACCUUCCGCACUCUCGCAAAGGAGGGCAAGAAGGGCUUCUAUACGGGGCGCAUCGCCGAAGAGCUGGUCAAGGUCGUCAAAGAUCUCGGCGGCCACCUGGAACUCGACGACCUAGCCCACCAUCUCGAGCUGGGAAGCGAGCCCGUCGACCCAAUCUCACUCAAGUUCCAGCCCGCCCUGAAGAAGGAAGCCAACGGAGCGUCAUCCUCCUCCUCCUCCACCGGCAGCGGCGACGGCGCCGUCGAAGUCUGGGAGCACCCGCCCAACGGCCAGGGCAUCGUCGCCCUCAUGGCCCUCGGCAUAAUCCAGGAGCUCCAGGACUCGGGCGUCGUCCCCGCCUGGUCCGCAGAGGACCACAACACGGCGCCCUACCUCCACGCCAUCAUCGAGGCCCUCCGCCUCGGCUUCACCGACGCGAGCUGGUACGUCACCGACCCCAACGUCGUCUCCGUGCCCUCGGCCGGCCUCAUCUCGCGCGAGUACUCGGCCGCCCGCGCAAAGCUCUUCGAUCCGACAAAGGCCAUGCAGAAGCUCCACGUUGGCGAACCCCCCAAGCACGUCUCCCCGGCCCUCCAGAGCAGCGACACCGUCUACUUCUCCGUCUCGGACGAGCACGGCAACGCCGCGUCCUUCAUCAACAGCAACUAUGGCGGUUUUGGCACCUGCAUCAUCCCCAAGGGCUGCGGCUUCACGCUGCAGAACCGCGGCGCCAACUUCAGCCUCGACGCGGACCACCCCAACAAACUGGAGCCCAGGAAGCGUCCCUACCACACCAUCAUCCCCGGCAUGGUGACCAACGCGGCCGACGGGUCGCUGCACAGCGCUUUCGGCGUCAUGGGCGGGUUCAUGCAGCCUCAGGGCCACGUGCAGGUUCUCCUCGGCCAGCUGGUCGCGGGCCUCACGCCGCAGCAGACGCUCGAUGCGCCGCGCGUGUGUAUCGUCGCUGGCUUGCCCGAGAGGGACGCCGACUUUGACUGGACGGUGAGCGUGGAGGAGGGCAUGCCGCAGGAGACGGUGGAGGGUCUGCGGAAGCUUGGGCACAAGGUCGAGGUCGUCACCGGAUCUGAGAGGGGGCUGUUUGGCCGUGGGCAGAUCAUUAGACAUACCGUCGAUACGGUCGAGGGAACGGGCGUGUGGUCUGCUGGAAGUGACCCGCGCGGUGAUGGUGCUGCGUACCCGGCACUUUGA